AUGAUGAGGACAUUAACCUUAGGGAAGGUUGAAGAAAAAGUUCAACUUUCUGAAGAAUAAUUUAAAUAAGAAGAAGAAACUCAUCGACAAGUAAAUAAAGGGCUGGUAUCUAUCUAUUCUGCUUGUGCAAUAGCAAUUCAUAUUGUGUUAUGUGUUAAAGUUUUCAGUUAUGAAAACACAGCUUCUUAGGUUUGCUCAAUUGUUGCAAGUGGAUUAUUCAUGGUCUAACAUUGGUACAACCAUGGAUUUUGUUGCCUUUUCAAUUUAUUUUGCUCUUUACCAGUUUGUAUCACGGGGUUUGCUCUUAGCAAUUUGGAAUUAAUUAAUACUCUAGCUUUUAUUUUCUAAUUAUGCCUUUGGUUGGGAGAGCAUUAAUUUAGGGUAAUACUAAUAAGUAAUCUUCUUUUGUUAAAAAAAAGACCAAGAGUAUAACCAGGAACUGUUGAUUAAAAUAAUGGAAGAAUUGUAAUUUAAGUUGAUGGAUUUUAAUUUUCAAAUACCUAAUAACAGGAAAUCAAAAAUGAUCUUAAUGAAUUAGCCGGCUUACUUCAUAAUGGUAUACAAUAGAUGAAUCAAAAAUAAAAAUUAUAAUAAUAAGAGUUGGCAGAAAAUUAGAAUAAAUCUGAAUAAAAUCCUACCUAAUAAAAUUGA